UGGGAGCUACUGGGGGGCUGGACUGGGAGCACUGGUGUGGACUGGCUGUUGAUCAUUCCCUGGGAACCACACACGGAGCACUGGUCUGUACCGGCCCCGCCAUGGCGCUGCCGUCCGCUGCUCUCCUGCCCGGGCUUCUGCUGGUGGCUGAUGCCCUGGCACUGGUGUUACUGGUGCCACUGGUGCCGGUGCUGGCGCCGCUGGGUGUGGUGGGCCUGUGGCUCGAGGCCGCCCUGCGCCUGCCCGUCCUGGCCGUGGCUACGUGGCUGCUGCUCCCACGCCGUCCCUCCGGAGCCACCGCAGCCACUGUCACGGUCGCCGCCACCCCCGCGGCCUUCGGAACAUUCCGGCACCUCUUGGGGCCACCUGGGGCUGGGCCAGGGCUGCUGGCAACCGCCUCCCCCUCCUGGCUCGGGGUUACCCACGCAGCUGUCGCACUGGCCCUGCUGGCCUGGGCCGCACCCCCGGCACCCGGCGGUGUCCCCAAGACCUCUGGCGAUGUUUCCAAGGCUCCUGGCACCAUCUUGCGUGUUCUGGCACUGACCUGGGAGGAGCGGAACGUUCUCGGAGGUGCCUUUGUCUGCCUCGUGCUGGCGGCCAUUGGGGAGACGUUGGGACCGUACGCCACUGGGAAGGUGCUGGAUGCCAUCAGGAGUGGGGAUGGACUCACUGCUGGAGCUGUUGGGAUGGUGGCAGCUGCUGGAGCCGCCAGUGUGCUGUUUUCUGGGUGCCGUGGGGGGCUCUUCAUGCUGUUGAAAGCUCGUCUCCAUCAGAGGCUGAGCCUCCGGCUCUUCUCUCACCUCGUGCGUCAAGACCUGGACUUCUUUCAGGGAACGCCGGCAGCUGAGCUCUCGGCUCAGUUUUCCAUGGAAGUGCCACGGGUGUGCAUGGCAGCACCGAGUGGAGCCAACCUGCUGUUCCGAAGCCUGGGAAUGGCCCUGGUAGUGGGGGCGUUCAUGUUCGCGCUGGCACCGGGGCUGGCACUGCUGGCACUGCUGGAGCUGCCCCUUGGAAUCGCUAUCCACCGCAUCGAGAGUGCCCGGGAACAGGCACUUCAGCGAUCCAUGCUGGAAGCAUCUGCCCGGACAGCCUCGGGGGUGCAGGAAUCUGUUGCUGCCAUUGAGACAAUCCGUAUCUUCUCGGCGGAGGAGGAGGAGGAGAAGCAGCACAGCUGCAACCUGGCCAAGGAGCUGAGGCUGAAGGAACAGAUGAAGUUGGAGCUGGCAUUCUUCACCCUUGUCCAGAGGGUGCUCCAACUGACCAUCCGGGUCCUGGUGCUCUUCCGAAGCCACCAGCAGCUCCGUGAUGGAUACAUCACUCCUGGGGUCCUUGUCAGCUUCCUGCUGUACCAGGACACAGUUGGCAGCCAUGUCCAGGUGCUACUCUACGGCUUCAAUGAAUUCCUGACCAAAGCAGCUGCCGGAUGGAAGAUCUGGGAAUACCUGGAUCGGGAAGCCACAGGGGAUGUCGGGGGGGUGCAGAAGCCCCCCGAGCUUCAGGGCCAUGUCACUUUUCAGAAAGUCACCUUCACGUACCCUGGGAAUCCAGAGCACCCUGUGCUGAAGGACGUGACCUUCGAGGUGCGUUCCGGGGAGGUGACAGCACUAGCGGGGCCCAAUGGAAGCGGAAAGAGCACGGCUGUGGCACUGUUGGAGCGGCUGCGGGAUCCCGGGAGUGGGAAGGUGCUUCUGGAUGGGAUCCCACUGCCAGAAUAUGAACACCAGUACCUGCACCGGAAGGUGGUGCUGGUGGAGCAGGAUCCCAUCUUAUUUUCUGGAACGAUCCGUGAAAACAUCUUGCUGGGGCUGGAGCACUGCAAAGAGUCAGAGCUGCAGGAGGCCGCCACUGCUGCUGGUGCCAUGGAAUUCAUCCAGGGGCUGGAACGGGGCUGGGACACCGAGGUGGGGGAGCAUGGGGAAUGUCUGGCAGCAGGGGAGCGGCGCCGUGUGGCUCUGGCCCGGGCUCUGCUCCGGCGCCCGGCCGUCCUCAUCCUCGACGAGGCACUGGAUGAUGGAGAUGAGGGGACGGCACAGUGCUGGCUGCACACGGGGCUGGCCCAGACUGUGCUGGUGGUGUCCCACCGGCCGUGGGUGCUGGAUGCAGCCGAUCACCUUGUGGUGCUGGAGCGUGGAGCCGUGGUGGAGACAGGAACGCCAGCAGAGCUGCGGGAACGCUGUGGGGCCUACAGCCGCCUGCUCCUUGGAGGUGGCAGGACUGGGGGGCCCGAGGCCUCCAGCAUGGGCAGUGAGAAGGGGGCUGCAUCUGGCAGGGAAUAAAGGGGAAUUAGUCCCAGUGUCCCCAUCCCUGGUGUUGGUGUCCCCAACCCGCCCCUGGUGUCCCCAGUCAGUGUCCUGUGAAUCCCUUAUCCCCAUGUCCUCUGGAUCCCAACUCCAUGUGUCGCCUUGGUCCCUGUGUCCCCCAUGUCCCCACUGUGUCCCCCAGGUCACCCUAUUCCCUGGAUCUCUGUGUCCCCUGUAUCCUUCCCUGUACUCCCCAUGCACAGAUCACUUGUAUCCAAGCCCCAUGAUGUCCCCAUGAUUCCUGGCCCCCAUGGCCCCCAUGUCUGCUCCUGGACAUGGGACAGAGUGGGAAAUAAAUCCCAAGGGAUGGAUCUGGGUGUGGGUGUCAUAUCCUCAUCCCACUCCUGCUGAGCCCACUCCAAACUCCUGGUGUCCCCAGUCCUUUCCCAGUGUCCCCAUCCGUAUCCCCAGUGUCUUCAUCCCAGUUCCCCAUGUCCCCUUUUCUGUUCCUGUUUCCCAGAGAGGAGCUGCUGUGCACUGGAGGAGGGAACUGGGAUUUAUUGCCCAAACCAGAGUAUUUUCACAUCAGAAUUAGAACAUUUGGAAUAAUUGUAAUUCUUGUGUUUAAAACAUGGGAAAACAGGAAAUCAAUCUGUUGGGAGAAGCUGCUGUGUGAUGGGUGGGAGCAGCAGGAUGAGCUGUGCUAGCAAUUUGCAGCUUUCUGCAGGGAGAGAGAAGGGGUUGGACCUGGCACCAUGGAUCAUUCAGGUGGUGAUUCCUGCCAGGAUGAGAGUUGAUGUCAUCCUGUCUCUGUCCCCAUCUCAUGGGCUGGAUCUGGCUGAAGAGCCCACAAAGGGCAAGAACUACUCUGGAAUCCCACCAGACCUUAUUAUGGAGCUCAGCCUGGCUGGGGGCACAACCUAGCAGACUAUUGCCUCAGAAGAGUCACCUAUCUAUCUGAAGAUGUGGAAAUAUUUCAUUUGAGUUAAAGCCCCAAGAUAUCCCUCUGUUAUUAUGUUAAUUGAGUUACAUGUCAGUCACAGACUGGGUAACGUGUCUCCCUGUAUGGUUAGGCUACUGGAAUGUUCAUUCCCUAAGGUUAUAUAUCAUUGUGCCUUCCUUUGUUUUCCUCUUUGGUUGGUCACCCCCAUGGAGCACCCCCUGGUUUCUCUGCUUUUGGACAUUGUCUCUAUUCUAUUUUAUUCCUUAUUAAAGGG